UGGCGCCCUGAGCGAUUUGGAAAGCAGCAGCAGCAGCAGCAGCGGCAGCGAUGCGGAGGAGUUGGCACGGUGCCGCGAGGCAGCGAUGCCGGCCUGGGGCUUGGAGCAGUGCCCGAGAGGGCCAGAGAAGCCAAGAGCCGGACUCUGUUUCCUUCGGCCCACCGUCACCGCCACACUCCGGCAGCCUGCCGCCUCCCUGAGAUGACUGCGACACCCCCCUUCCUGGAUCCCGGCCUCCAGCACGUUUUCACACCUUGGGGCUGCGAACGUGCGAGCGGAGCCCUCCUGCGUCCCACCGGGACGCUCUCGUACCCUAGGAGUCAGUCCAAAACCCUUCAGCACGGGGUAGAGUCCACAGGAUCUGUGAAUUUGGAAUCGGAAAAGUAUUUCACCUUGACCUUCACUAACCUGCAUUUGAAAUUUAGCAGCGCUUCCUGUCCUACAUAUGCUGCAAAUAAUCAGCGGCCAGCCAGCCAGCCAAGCCUCAGGCGUAAAGUGGAUGAACACGAACAGGACGGCAAUGAGCUUCAGACCACCCCCGAAUUCCGAGCCCACGUAGCCAAGAAGCUAGGAGCUCUGCUGGACAGCUCAAUUACCAUCUCAGAAGUAGUGAAGGAGCUGAGAAAGGCUGAGGUACAGAAAGUCUCCACAGAGGAUGAUGGUUUCCGUCUCUUUUUCACAUCCAUCCCUGGAGGCUCUGAGAAGAAAGAGGCUCCCCAGCCUGGUCGAAAGCGAUUACCUUCCAGCUCCAGCAGCGAGGACAGUGAGGAGGAGUGGCAGCGAUGCCGGGAGGCAGCUGUGUCGGCCUCCGACAUCCUCCAGGAAUCUGCCAUCCACAGUCCCAUCAAAGUGGGAGGAGAGGCAAAGAAGAAAAAGAAGUUGAAAAAGAAGGCCAAGAAGGAGGCCAGUGCCGACCUGGUCGCUGCCACCACCAUCACGUAUGGGACUACAGGUGGGAAGCAGGAACAGCAGUCCCCCAAGCUCAGUGGAGACCAGGCAUCACUUGGGACCAAAAAGAAAAGAAGGAAGAAAAAAGCCAAGAAGGCCAAGGAGGCUUCCCCAUUCUCAUCAACAAAGAGUGCAAUGGCUGCUCCUGCACACUGACCCCUGCCCAUGGGCACAGGGCUCUACUAGCCUGAGGACAAAGGCACUUCCAAGCCCCACCUCCCUCUCCAAGUCCGAGAACUUGGAUGGCAAGACCAUACUCUGCCUGUGACUGGGGCUUGCCCAAGAGUUGGGACAAAGAGGGCUGUAGGGUGAGAAGUCUAAUCAAGGCCUGCCCAUCUGGCUCCCACUGGGGCUGGGGCAGACCUGUGGUUCCAGAACACUCCAUGGCCUUCCAGUUUUUCAAGACUGUUGAUGAUCAAGUGGUGAAGCUUCCAUCUUCCCGGUCCUGUCUGAGGAGAGCAUGUGAAGAGAGAGCUUUGCCUUCCCUCCCACCUCCUCAGCCUGGUGGGGGAGACCACCUUAAGAGAUGGAGGAAAGGGGUCGGCCCAGAAAGAGUUUUGUACUUCUCCCUCCAGGCCACACAGAUUUGAUGUAACAUUGUCUGAAAAAGGAGAGAUUCGUCCCCCACUCCAGAUUUCCAGAAGUCUUUUCCAUUUGUGAAUGUACCAUGUACAAUCAUGUCUCUGAGCCAGCCAGAUUAUUGAAAAUAAAUUGUCGAGAGACCCCAAACUUAAAGUGAUUGGGGUGCUGCCUCCAUAUCAAUGCUGAA